AUGAGGCUUUUCAAAGGGCCGAUCGCCCUGGUGGGCGGUAUCCUCGCCCUACGAGGUGCUUUUGCGAUCGACGUCGAUCCCGAGAAUGAAGAUUCUAUCAAGAGUGCGGCUAAGACCGUCGCAACAUCUAUGGUCGAUUACUACAAUGCUCGCGAUUCCAAAGACAUUCCCGGAAAAUUCGACGAUACCUGGUGGGAGGGUGGAUCCAUGUUCAUGACCCUGAUUCAGUAUUGGUACUUGACAGGUGACGAUCAAUUCAACGACAUCAUUCAGGAGGGCAUGUACUGGCAGAAGGGUGCCGAUGACAAUUAUUUCCCGAGCAAUUCUUCUUCAUACCUCGGAAACGACGAUCAAAUGUUUUGGGGCCUGGCGGCGAUCAUCGCGGCAGAGUUCAAUUUCCCCGAGCGAAGUGAUGAGCCCUCAUGGGUCACCCUGGCUCAGGGUGUCUUUGAUGCACAGGUUGCUCGUUGGGAUAAAACGACUUGCGAUGGUGGUCUGCGGUGGCAAAUUUGGCCAUAUCAAAAUGGAUAUGAAAUCAAGAAUGCCAUCUCCAAUGGUGGAUUGUUCCAGUUGGCGGCCCGCCUGGCCCUGUACACUAAGAAUGAGACUUUUGCCAACUGGGCGGAGACGAUUUGGGAUUGGAGUGUGACGACCCCUCUGUUGAAGAAAAAGAAUUGGAAUAUUGCCGAUACCACGAAUGUUGAUGCGGACUGCAAGGAUCACGGAGAUUGGCAGUGGACUUACAAUUAUGCUACUUACAUUGCCGGUGCCGGGUAUAUGUAUAACUACGUGAGUCGCCCCGUCUUCCAACUUUCUGGCGAAUACUAUGAGAAGCUAAACAUUAUCAUUUUACAGACCGAAGGCAAAGAUUAUAAAUACCUCGAAGGCAUCACUGGAUUAAUCACGACCUCCAAUCAAUUCUUCCCAAAGAGUGGCAACGGCCAAAUUAUGUCCGAAAUUACCUGCGAAGCCACCGAAAAAUGUGAUCGCAACCAAAAGACUUUCAAGGCAUAUUAUGCAUCCUGGCUUGGAUUUAUGUCCCUUAUUGUACCCAGCAAUGUGACGGAAUCAACCAUGGCGAAAUUCAAGACAUCCGCAGUCGCUGCUGGUCAGCAAUGCUCGGGUGGAAAGGAUGGGAAACACUGUGGAAUCCGGUGGACGAUGCAGGCCCAGUGGGAUAAAACCACGGGAUUGGAGCAAGAGAUGGCUGUUCUGGGUGUCUUGAACGCUAUCAUGGUCCCGUUCAAGCAACAGGGUCCUUAUAAUGUGAACAAUGGUGGGGAAUCCAAGUCAGAUCCGAACGCAGGAGUAGAUCAUGAUCCGAAGACGAGAACGAUUACUUCGGGAGACCGAGCUGGAGCUGGAAUUUUGACGGCUGUCUUUAUUGGUACUUGGGUAGCUGGUCUUGCAUGGGCCAUCUGGGGUUAG